AUGCCGUUUCAUGUGAAAAUCCAACCGAUCGACUCCGAUGUAUCGGAAGAUCUGCCUUUCCCGGAGAAUAUGAAGCAAAUGCCAAAAUCGCGGCUGAAGCGUCUCUUCGAGCGUCAGUUCACUAUUAAGAACACCUCAGAGAAAUUUGCCGGCGGCGAAUUGGAGGCGCCGCUUUCGAGAGGCAACUCGGGGGAUUUCGAGCCGAGCUCGGUCUGCUUGGCGAAGAUGGUUCUAAACUUCAUCGAGGAUAAUAACAACGGCGAGAAACAGCGGUGUGGCCGUCGCCGAUGCAGCUGCUUUACCGGGAGUGGCACGGAGAGCUCUGACGAUGAAUCUGAAUGGUACGACGGCCCGAAAUGUUAUUCCGGCGAAGCUUGUGAAACCCUCAAGAGUUUGGUCCUCUGUACGAGCGUCCGUGAGAGGAAUUUGCUGGACGACGCGACAAAGAUUGUGGAAACAAGUAAGAAUUGCAAAGGCAAAGACGAAUCUUGCUUGAAAAUUGUGGUUAAUGGAUUGGUGAGCUUAGGCUACGAUGCGGCUCUGUGCAGAUCUCGCUGGGAGAAAUCACCUUCUUGUCCUGCUGGGGAACAUGAGUAUGUGGAUGUGAUCAUCGAAGGUGAAAGAAUGUUGAUCGACAUUGAUUUCAAAUCGAAGUUCGAGAUUGCUCGUGCAACAAAGACCUACAAGUCGAUCCUGCAGACUCUUCCUUACAUCUUUGUGGGGAAAGCGGAUCGGUUGCAGAGAAUCAUCAUGCUUGUAUCUAAAGCCGCAAAGCAGAGCUUGAAGAAGAAAGGACUUCAUGUGCCGCCAUGGAGGAGAGCCGAGUAUGUGAAAUCGAAGUGGAUGUCUCCUUAUGUUCGUGCAAAUGAAGAAGACAAGCAGGAGCAAGUAGAUAUGUUAACUAAAUCGGUGGGUUCCAUAGUCUUCGGUGUUUCAAGAUAG